CACAUCCCCCGCGCCCUCAAAUCAAGCGUAUAUGCAUACGCGCAACACCCAAACAAACAUGCAGCCGCUUUGACACUCAGUGACUGACCGUAUUCGUGAUUCGUGAUUGCCCUCCUUUCGUAGACCUUCAGUUGCACAGUCCGCUCUCACUGCCCAGUCAGCACAGCAGAGCAGGGCUCAAAGUGUGUAGCGCGACGCUUUCAUUCAGCUUCCAUUUCAUCGAUUCAGCAUCUUGAAAGCCUCACCGCCUUCUGACCUUUCAGACGCUCCGAGUGGCACGCCGCACCCGAGCCCGGGACUGUUGGAGUGGGUUUGGGGAUCAACGAGCCGCACCUGCCACCUCACAUGCAUCUAGGAAAAGCUCAAACGGUGCCUCUCCUCGCACUCCUCUCUUGCUUCAAUUAUGGAGGGCUCGAACGCGGGAAAUGAUAGGGCUAGGGGUCAAUCCUCUCUUGGCACUGCCCACUCCUUUGAAACGUCGACGGCGCCCGCAAUUGCAUUCACACAAGCUGCCUCAGCGGAUGAGAGGGUCGUUUCUGGAGCUGCGCUUGACCCCGUCUCAAUAGCGCCGACAGAAGGCUCCCCGAUUUCUGGGUCGACAGCAAACGCUAACGCAACUUCUGGACAUCCAAAAGGGGUCGACGAGAGCAUGCCCGGUUGCAUACGGGGGCUACAAAAAUGCCGCAUGGGCCUAGAGGAAUGGUCAGAUAAUCUGGAGAGAAAGGAGAUCGAAAGGCGGCAGCGAAGGAGGAGAGCGAGGAGAGGCAGCUUCGAGACCGGCUCCGUUUCAGAGCUGGAACAAGGAAGGCUCUAUGGUCAAGCUAGGAGUGUCACUGUCGAAGGCUCGCAGGUUGUUCAGCAAGAAGCGCCAGGUACGGGCAAGGCCACCCUGCCGAGUGAGCCAGGAUACGGAAGAACGGAUCACAUCGUUGUGAGGAAGGGCAUGGUACCUAUGGUCUUCAUCAUCAUUGCUUGGGUCUACCUUGUACACGUCUGGAGGCUGUGCGCUCCAGCCAUUCGUCAGACCGAUCAAGCAUUGACAAGUCGAGCUACAGGAGGCGGCUUGCUUGCGGCCCAGACGGUCCUGAUGCUGAUGACACUGUGGACUUACCUCAAAGCGAUGCUCACACCGCCAGGCUACGUCAGAGAUCAUGUAGGAGUCUCGGACUGUCCUCCACCCGCCGCAGAUGAGUAUUACUACGAUGCCCCGUGGGUGCCGACGCCCCAGCCAGCGACCUAUGGAGCAGACGGAGCAGCUGGAAAUCCAUCUCGCAAUGACGACCCACACAACGGAGGUGCUUCUGCGCCCGGCGAAGAGGACAUACCAGUCGAUCCUAGCUUGCCCGCUAUUGUGGGUCCGAUGGCGGCGAGCGCUAUCGCAGCUUCGCGCGUAGAAGAUCCAACGAUGACGAAGCCCGAACAAGCUAUUCCGCCAUGCAAUGCGCCAGUAGCACAAGCUCCAGCCGGCAAUUCUUCGACGCUCCCGCCUACAGGGCUAAUUCCCCGGCCUGUACGCAUGCCACCGCCAAGGCCCAUUCUUGCGCCUGUCAAUCGCUAUUGCCAUAGGUGUUGCAGGGUCAGGCCACCCAGAGCUCAUCAUUGCAGGAGGUGCGGAACAUGCGUGCUGAAGAUGGACCAUCAUUGUCCUUGGGUCGGAGGCUGUGUGGGCGCAAGAAACAUCAAAUUCUUUUACAACUUCGUCACCUGGGUCACCAUGUGGGAGAUUUUCAUGAUCGUUAGCGGAGCUGUUCUGUUCUCGAGAGGUGUGGCAGGACAAGACGUUACAGACUCACCCUAUCGAGACUGGAGAGUGGACGGCUUUGUCAUCAGCAUGUUUGUUCUCUGUGGAAUGUUCUUCCUCUUCACCGGAUCGCUUUUUGCAACGCACACAUACAUGUACACCAUCAACAGCACAACUCUAGAACACAUGGCAUUUGAGAGGCACAAAGCGACAGAGGCGGCCUUGCUCGACGCCUACUUUUCGGAUCGAGGUCAAGGUGGCAAAGGCUUGCACCUCAAGGAGAAGCACGAGAUCAGGAAGGAAUGGGAUAGCCUGUGGGGAAGAGUGAAAAAGGAAGGCAACCUCUGGUGGCUUGAUGGCGCAUCACAUGCUAAUCAGAGUGAUGCGAAUGGAGCGGAAAAGAACCAGACGUCCAGCACAGCUGGGAGGGAAGCAUCUCCUGCAUGGACAAACUUUAAGCAGGUCAUAGGCGAUGAGUGGUACGGCUGGCUUCUCCCGAUCGGCAAAUCACCCUCGGAUGGGCGCGCCUUUCCUCAAAACCCCAGACAUAGCGCUCUAGGGGUAUGGAGGCCUAGGCGCCUAUGGCCCAAUGAUUGCAAAUAGGGCGCUUUUUUUGAUGUGCCUCACAAAUACCCGCAAUCCUGAAUGUGUUCGGGCCAGUCAGCCAGC